GCCCCGCCCCGCGCGCCGUGGCCGUUUGAAGUGACUAAUUUCUGUCAUAUGACUGAGGCGCCCAUGGGGGUGGCGGGGCGGCUCUAGGAGCGGGGGCCUGGUAAGCGCCCUCUGAGGCGAGACCCUGGCUUGGCCGUGGCCAGCAUGGCUCCUACGCUGUUCCAGAAGCUCUUCAGCAAGAGAAACGGGUUGGGCGCGCCUGGUCGGGACGCGCGGGACCCGGAUUGCGUGUUCAGUUGGCCUCUGCCAGAGUUUGAUCCAAGCCAAAUUCGACUGAUUGUAUAUCAAGACUGUGAAAGACGAGGGAGAAAUGUCUUGUUUGACUCCAGUGUUAAGAGGAAAAAUGAGGACAUAUCAGUAUCGAAACUCUGUAGUGAUGCUCAAGUUAAAGUCUUUGGGAAAUGCUGCCAACUGAAACCUGGAGGAGACAGCUCUUCCUCUUUAGAUAGUUCUAUGACUUCAUCUUCUGAUGCAAAAGACCAGUGUCCUAAGUACCAGGGUUCUCGGUGCUCUUCUGAUGCCAACAUGCUUGGAGAGAUGAUGUUUGGCUCAGUAGCAAUGAGCUACAAAGGAUCCACCUUAAAAAUUCAUCAAAUUCGUUCUCCUCCACAGCUUAUGCUCAGCAAAGUUUUUACUGCACGGACUGGCAGCAGCAUCUGUGGGAGUCUCAAUACGCUGCAAGACAGUCUUGAAUUCAUCAAUCAGGACAACAAUACAUUAAAGGCUGAUAGUAACACAGUUAUUAAUGGACUACUUGGAAAUAUAGGUCUUUCACAGUUCUGCAGCCCCAGGCGGGCAUUCUCUGAACAGGGUCCGCUCCGCCUGAUCAGGAGCGCCUCUUUCUUUGCAGUUCACAGCAACCCAAUGGACAUGCCUGGAAGAGAGCUGAAUGAGGACCGAGACAGCGGCAUAGCACGCUCUGCAUCUCUCAGCAGUUUGCUUAUUACACCGUUUCCCUCCCCAAACUCCUCACUUACCCGAAGUUGUGCUAGCAGCUACCAGCGACGUUGGCGACGCAGCCAAACAACAAGUUUGGAGAAUGGUGUAUUUCCCAGAUGGUCUAUAGAAGAAAGCUUUAAUCUGUCAGAUGAGAGCUGUGGCCCUAACCCAGGAAUUGUGAGGAAAAAGAAGAUUGCAAUUGGGGUAAUCUUUUCAUUAUCCAAAGAUGAAGAUGAAAAUAAUAAAUUCAACGAAUUCUUUUUUUCACAUUUUCCUCUUUUUGAAAGCCACAUGAACAAAUUAAAAAGUGCAAUAGAACAGGCUAUGAAAAUGAGCCGGAGAUCUGCUGAUGCCAGUCAGAGGAGUUUGGCUUAUAAUCGCAUAGUUGAUGCCCUAAAUGAAUUCAGGACAACGAUUUGUAAUCUUUACACAAUGCCACGAAUUGGAGAGCCUGUCUGGCUUACAAUGAUGUCUGGGAUUCCAGAAAAAAACCAGCUUUGCCAUCGUUUCAUGAAGGAGUUCACUUUUCUAAUGGAAAAUGCUUCAAAAAAUCAAUUCUUGCCAGCACUCAUUACUGCAGUUCUGACCAAUCAUCUUGCCUGGGUUCCAACAGUCAUGCCAAAUGGACAACCACCUAUAAAAAUAUUUUUAGAAAAACAUUCCUCUCAGAGUGUAGACAUGUUGGCAAAGACUCAUCCAUAUAACCCACUGUGGGCACAACUGGGAGACUUGUAUGGCGCUAUCGGCUCUCCUGUACGAUUAGCACGGACUGUGGUAGUUGGCAAGCGACAAGACAUGGUCCAGAGGCUGCUUUAUUUUCUUACUUAUUUCAUAAGAUGCUCUGAACUUCAAGAAACCCAUCUUUUAGAAAACGGAGAAGAUGAAGCCAUCGUUAUGCCAGGCACAGUAAUUACUACCACGUUAGAGAAAGGUGAAAUAGAAGAAUCUGAGUAUGUGCUUAUCACAGUGCAUAGAAACAAAAGCAGUCUUCUGUUUAAAGAGUCAGAAGAAACAAGGACUCCUAAUUGUAACUGUAAAUAUUGCAGUCGUCCACUCCUUGGGCAAAAUACAGAGAAUGUGUCACAACAAGAGAGUGAAGAUAUUCAAAACAGCUCUAAGGAGCUGCUAGAAAUUUCAGAUGAGUGCCGAAUGACUUCUUCUGACUGCCAAGAAGAAAAUGCUGUUGAUGUUAAACAGUACAGAGAUAAAUUAAGAACUUGCCUUGACACUAAGUUAGAGACAGUUGUUUGCGCAGGAUCUGCUCCAGUAGACAAAUGUGCAUUGUCAAAGUCAGGCGUGGAGCCAGCAGAAGAAACAUGGCAGAAUGAGGAAUUGCUGGAUUCAGGUAGUCACACAGGCAAAGUGUUGAGAUCCACGGGAAUUGUUGUGGAAAAAAAACCUCCAGAUAAGCUUGUGACUGCUGCAUUUUCUUGUGAGACAGCCCAGGCAAAGGUUACUUUCUUGAUUGGGGAUUCUAUGUCACCUGACUCAGACACUGAACUCCGAAGUCAGGCUGUGGUGGAUCAGAUUACCAGGCAUCACACCAAACCACUGAAAGAAGAAAGAGGGGCUAUUGAUCAGCAUCAAGAAACUAAACAAACAACUAAGGACCAAUCUGGAGAGCCUGAUAUAGGAAACAUGGUGCCUGGAGAGCCCUGUGAACUUCCCUGCUGGAAUCAUUCGGACCCAGAAAGCAUGAGCUUAUUUGAUGAAUAUUUUAAUGAUGAUUCAAUUGAAACUAGGACUAUUGAUGAUAUUCCAGUUAAAACAAGUACAGACAGUAAAGAACACUGCUGUAUGUUAGAAUUUUCAAAAAGAUUUUGUACAAAAACUAGCAAACAGGACAAUGAAUUUUGUAAAUGUGUAGAAACAGUUCACAAAGAUUCAUGUAAAACCUGCUAUCCUCAGCAGGACCAAAGAGAUACACUCUCUAUUCUUGUCCCCCAUGGGGAUAAAGAGAGUUCAGAGAAAAAAAUUGCUGUAGGAACUGAAUGGGACAUUCCAAGAAAUGAAAGUUCAGAUAGUGCUCUUGGGGAUAGUGAAAGUGAAGAUACAGGCCAUGAUAUGACUAGACAAGUAAGCAGUUAUUAUGGAGGAGAGCAAGGAGAUUGGGCAGAAGAAGAUGAGAUACCUUUUCCUGGGUCAAAGUUAAUUGAAGUGAGUGCUGUUCAGCCCAACAUUGCCAAUUUUGGGAGGUCUUUGUUGGGUGGCUACUGCUCUUCUUAUGUCCCUGACUUUGUUCUUCAAGGAAUUGGGAGUGAUGAGAGGCUCCGUCAGUGUCUGGUGUCAGAUUUGUCUCAUGCUGUGCAGCAUCCAGUGUUGGAUGAACCAAUAGCAGAAGCUGUCUGUAUUAUAGCAGAUAUGGAUAAGUGGACUGUUCAAGUGGCCAGUAGCCAGAGACGCGUGACAGAUAAUAAAUUGGGAAAGGAAGUGCUGGUUUCCACUCUUGUUUCCAAUCUGCUUCAUUCCACUCUUCAGCUUUAUAAACAUAACCUAUCUCCAAAUUUUUGUGUAAUGCAUCUUGAAGACCGGUUACAGGAGCUGUACUUCAAGAGCAAAAUGCUGUCCGAGUACCUGAGGGGGCAGAUGCGUGUUCAUGUCAAGGAAUUGGGAGUGGUUCUAGGAAUUGAAUCCAGUGAUCUUCCUCUUCUGGCUGCUGUAGCAAGUACUCACUCUCCAUAUGUUGCUCAGAUACUCCUUUAAAAUAAAGGUUGUUUGGAAAGUUAAGUAGAAACCAAGGAAGCAGACACAACAUGCAUUUAUGGUAUAUUUUUUCCUGUUACGUUUCCAUCUAAGAGAGUCACCUGAGUAUUCUGCAUUGAAGUGCACAUUGUGUGAUCAUUGGCUGGCUUUUUUCUUUUGACUGGACUUUUGGAUGGUCGUAGAUUUUUAACCAAAUGAAACUAAAACAGCAUAAAUAAUUUUGGGGGAAAGUAUUUGAAAAUGCCAAAGUGUAACUUAGAAAUUUCUACAAAAUCAGUAACAUCGAAGAAUUUCAUACAAUGAUUGCAGUGUUGCCGCACUCAUAAAUAGCAACGGAUGUCUCAUGAUUGAGUGGCUCAGUAGUAGUCAUUUCAUUAAUUUUCAUUCUUUAUUUCUAAGGUACAUAGGUCUGUAAAACCUUGAUUGUUUUUGUUUUGUCAAUUCAAAAUAGCUAAUUUCUGGGUUUUCUCAAAGUAUUUUAAGCAGCCUGUUAAUUAUAACAAACUCAGAAUGAGUAUAAAUCUGUGUUAUGUUAUCUACCCAACUGUACAUAUGUAUCUAGUUUUUUAAAAAGCAGAGGUAAAAAUAGAAGAUUGGUACACAUGCCUUUUUAAAUAUACAUAUAUAUAUGUAUAUAUACACACACACACACACAUAUAUAUACAUAUAUAUAAAUAUUCAACUAGUAUUAAUUGUAUAUAAUAUUGAAAUGUUACUUUCUGGUGAUGUUUCUGUUUCACACAUCCUAAAAUAUAAGUAAAGCCAAUCUUUUUUAAGGCUGAGGAAUAUAGAUUCCCCAAAUAAGAAUACUACUUUAUACCAUUUGUUUUGUUUAUAAGUAUAAGCUAAUUCUUAUAAAUAUUAAUAUUUACAUAUUUGCAUCUAAUUUAAUAAAUUAAAAUUAGAAUUAAAAAUUACAUCAACACAUUGGAAAAAUAAUACUAUUUUCUUCAAAAGUGCUCAGGUAACCGAGGUCCUUGCUUUCGGUAUCAGUGCCCUCCUUGAACCCUUAGGAACUAAAUAUUUGUUUCACUGCUUUAUAUAUUCAAUUUACACUAAUAGAACUCAACAACUCUUAAAAUUAUUCUCUUUUGUCAAAUUGCUUUCUUUCAGAAGCUUUUUUUUUUUCAAAGAUUUUCAUUUUUCAGUUGUUAUUGUUUUUGUAAAUACUAUAGAGUGUUGCUUGUGAGAAGAAAGGCUAAUAUGGAACCAAACUCUUGUAAGUAAUGUAAAUAGAAAGAUGGGUAGAUAAAGUUUUCAAUAUGCUCUACUACCUCAGUUUACUUGAAUACUACAUUAUAGUUUAUUCUUUACUUACCUGGUCUAAGAUACUUUUAAUGCUAGACGUGAAGUUGGUUUCUGCUUUCAUGGACUGUUUUUUAUCACAAUUAAUUCAUUAGCUUUUAAAAAGAAAACCACUUGCUUAUUCUGUUACUAAAUACAUUUCCUGUAUAAUAUAUCCAUUCUUGCUGUUUAAAUUUUCAGAAAUUACAGAUGAGUUCUGUGGUUUAAGUCUUUGACCUUGAAUUUAUAGCAUUGGGUCACACUUUGCCUUGCUCUCUAUGUAUUUAAGAACUCUCCAACUAGAAGAAAUGAUUGUUUUAAUGGAAUGUAAACCUGAAAUUGGUGUGCCUGCAAUCAGUUUGGCUCCUGUGUCUUAUCAGCUGGUCCCAGUUAGUACCUGAGUCUCCCAUGGAUGACUUGCUGCCCAGGAGUGUUUAUGGAUAUACUUUCUUUGGUUUAAUAUUCUUAGUCCAUUCAUUAAUGAAAUUCUUCUCUAUUCUGUUGUUUGGAAUUCUGUGAAUCAAUCUUUUUCGCAGAAUUCAGAAUAUAGAAAAGUUUGUGGGCCAUCGUAUAUUAUUAUUAUUAUUAUUACAGUUCAGAAUGAUAUGUAGCAGUAGAUUAUGUCUGUUUUUCCAUGUUUUCUUUUUUAAUCAUCAAAUUGUUCACAGUCCUAUCUAUUUGAAAUCUCUAAUUAUCAUUUAGGAAAUGUAAUCUUCAAUAAAUGGAUGGCUGUUGGUACUGUUAUUCUUAAAACUAAGCUUUGCUCAGAAGGAAAAGGCUUAUAGUUUCUUAUAGAAUCAUUAAUCCUUAUAGGAUUCCUGAGUUUUAUAAUUACCUGCCCUUCUGAAAUUUCUAUUAUCUUCAUCAUAGUCAUUCUUUCCUUACACAGAUCCCAAGCAAUGAGCUGCUGCUUCUCUAAGGUGUGGUCAUUAUGAUGAAUGUGAAAAGAGUUUUGGCCUGUGUGAAAUAAUUUUUUCAACUUCUUAUGGUACAGACAGAUAUGUGUUACAUAUUUUUGAAAACCUAUUUGUUGCAAUAGGAAAUGAAAAAGGGAUCUUUUAGGUUAUAGAUUUAAAACUAAUUUUUCCUUGUAUAUAAACUAAUUGGUUUGAUUUUAAAUAUUCCUGGCGUUUAUUAAUAUGUCUUAAUUUUGAGUUUGAAAAUGUUAAGUGCAAUAAACAUACCAGCACAGAUUUAAUUAUGUUGCAGUUGGCAUACAAUUUUGAUGAUCACUUAAAAAAUAACAGAUUUUACACAAUGCCUAUUUCUGGUAGGUGUCUUAUGAGAUUGUUCAGCUUUCUCUAAGUUAUUUAGAUGGUGGGAUAUGUUAAAUGUACAUAUUGUUUCUUGUUCUGUAUACAUUUCUCAAAUGUACACCUGUAUUAUAGUAACCUCCCAGUUCCAGGGGAAAUUUGUGCAAUAAAUACACAUGUCAAUUUGAUGGA